GGUAAUUGUUGCGGCGCGUGUUGAAGAGCGUUGUGAUCAGCUGUAUAGUACCCUGAGAGACAUGACUCAAGAUAGUCAGCAUGGUAAGUGGACCAUCUCUAGCAGUGAUGAUGAUGAGGACCUUCAUCGUUCCAAUACUACGGUGACUAAACCCCCGAGACUGACAGACUCCAACCACAACUCCCACAAGCCUGACUCUAUUUCCAGUUCCAAACAGGACAAGCAGGCACAAGAAACGGCUGCGGUUGUGAAAACAGAACCACAGUUGGCUCCAGUCGGUGCCUCUUCAUCAACACUUGUCAUCGGUUCUGAUGCUAGACAGGCAGCUCAUGCCAGCCAGUUAACUCCAGUAAAAUAUGAAUCUAGUCCAUCAUUUGCUGGAAAGCGGAAAAAAGAAUCAGAUGAUUCUGGCUGGGCCCUCUCAGACAGUGAUGAUGAUGAUGAUGAUGAUGAUGAUGAUGAUAGAGUUAAGAAGGAGAAUCGGAGCUCGGUUCAGCAAAAAGUUCCAGCCGUGAAGUCGAGUCUGAGCCCUAAACAGAAAAAGCCAAAGGUGGAGAAAGAGUCGCGCCCCCCAAGCCCUCAUGGUCGGGUUUACUACAUAGACGAGCCUGAUGACUUUUUUGAGACCAGUAUACCUCAUCUGAAUGAUACCUACAGGUUAUAUUUGAACAAAGUGACGGGGUUGGACAGGAAGUACAACAGUGGAGCCCUGCACAUCAGAGACAUUCUCUCUCCAUUGUUUGGGACAUUGAAAGAAUCAGUCCAGUUUAAUUACUGCUUUGAUAUUGCCUGGAUGGUUCAACAAUACCCGCCUGAGUUUAGGGAUAGACCGGUUUUGAUUGUCCACGGCGAUAAAAGAGAAGCCAAGGCCCGUCUGAUCCAACAGGGUCAGCCGUUCUCUCACAUCCGCUACUGUCAGGCUAAACUGGAUAUUGCUUUUGGAACCCACCACACCAAGAUGAUGUUGCUCUGGUACGAAGAAGGCUUUAGGGUCGUCAUUAUGACCUCCAACCUCAUCAGAGCUGACUGGUACCAGAAGACACAGGGGAUGUGGAUAAGUCCACUGUUUCGACGCUUACCAGCUGGCAGUGCUGCGAGUGAUGGUGAGUCGUCUACCUUCUUUAAGAGGGACCUGCUGGAGUACCUGGCGUCAUACCGUGUCCCAGAACUCAGUGACUGGAUUCAACGAAUCAAAGAACAUGACCUGUCAGAGACCAGAGUGUAUCUUAUUGCCUCCACCCCGGGGAGGUAUGUUGGCUCAGACAUGGAGCGCUGGGGCCAUCUGAGGCUGAGGAAGCUGCUGUAUGACCACACACAUCCUGUUCCCAAUGAAGAAAACUGGCCUGUCAUUGGCCAAUUCUCCAGCAUCGGCUCCAUGGGAUUGGACAAGACCAAAUGGCUGGGAGGGGAGUUCCAGCGCACUCUAACCACCCUGGGGAAAUCAUCUCUUCACCCGGCCCCCCCCAUUCACUUGGUGUAUCCUACUGUGGAGGAUGUGAGGACAAGUUUGGAGGGAUAUCCAGCGGGGGGCUCCCUGCCUUACAGCAUCCAGACGGCUCAGAAACAGCUCUGGCUUCACUCCUACUUCCACCGGUGGAAAGCAGACACCACUGGGAGAAGUCACGCAAUGCCACACAUAAAAAUCUACAUGAGAACAUCACCAGAUUUCACUGAGCUAGUCUGGUUCCUCAUCACAAGUGCCAACUUGUCCAAGGCAGCUUGGGGUGCUUUGGAGAAGAACAACACCCAGGUGAUGGUUCGCUCCUAUGAGCUCGGAGUUCUCUAUCUACCCUCUGCUUUUAACAGGACUACCUUUCCUGUCCAGAAAAAUCAAUUUCCUGCUACCGCUUCCUCCGAUGCAUUCCCUGUGCCUAUAGACCUUCCACCCAAACACUACUCGACAGGAGACCAGCCGUGGAUCUGGAACAUACCGUACACUAACGCUCCUGACACACAUGGCAAUAUUUGGGUCCCCUCCUGAACGGCUCCCAGACUGCCUCCAAGACACAGAACACACACAUACACACAGUACAGAAAUUUGGCUGGAGCUCUCCCGAGGCAUCCAGAUACACACAGAUGGUGCAGUGGCCUGUCUUAUCUCACCCUGAAAAUCUCUUGACACUGCAGACAUUCCAGCAAUGCCACAUUACUACCAGCUCACCUCGUUUGUCUGUGACAGUGUCUUUUUGUCUAUCUGCAUCGUUGGUGUCUGACCCUCUGUCUGUCGUUACCACUCCGUCUGCCUGUUUGUCCAAGCACAGGCAUGGAUUUAAAAGGUGAUUGUGUAAUUUUCUUGUUAGGUUGUAACUGUCAUUACUUUGCGUAAUCAUAGACCUAGUUGUUAUUAGCCAUGCUCAUAUAUUUAUACUGUACUGUAGACUAAGGAGACAUUUUCUAACUGAUAUAUGAAUAAAAUA